GUUUCAUGUUUGCAUUAUUGCUCUGAAGGUUGCUGACUUAAAGAGAGACUGCACCAUCAGAAAUGCACCACCCUCCAGCCAGCGAGGUAAAUUUCCAAACUUUAGUUCCUCCCUCACUCCGCCUCCUUUCACAUUCCCAUGUGAUGCAGGAGGGAAUGCUUGUUUUGAAACCACACGUGCUCCGCCUUAUAAAGGCAGCCAACACUUGCACUUCAUCACAAUGAAAACAAGACACAGACGUGACCAUAUCAUUUCUCAAGACACAAAGAAAAGUACUGACUGCCUCUUCAUGAUGGUGAAGGAGAGCGGCAAAGGCAACUCAGUUGUUGGAUCAGAGACGCCACACAGGUGCAGCCUGUCCUGCCUCGGUCCUCUGACCUUCCACCCUCGAGUUGUGGGAGACAUGGUCCGCCUGAGUCGUGGGUGUUGCCUAGCAGAGAAGAGGGAGAACACAUUCAAGAACGGCCUGGUGUUCAGCAGCCGGCCAGUGAAGAUCCGGGAGAGGAUUCGUCUGAGGGUGAAGAAAGAUGUGCUCAACUGGCACGGAGCUCUGCGUGUGGGCUUCACCACCCUGGCGCCCUCAGCCAGAUCUCUGCCUCUGCCCACCAUGGCCAUCCCCAACCUCACUGACACCCGAGGCCACUGGGCCGCACCAGUGCACGAAUCCCUCUGCCAAGCAGGUUCAGAGCUGGAGUUCUGGGUCUCUUCUCGAGGAACUGUUUACUUUAAGAGCAACAACAUCAGGGAGCACAAGCUGCUAAAAGGAGUGGAUUUGAGUCAGCCGCUGUGGGCCAUGAUAGACAUCUACGGACAGACCUGCUCCAUUCUCCUCCUUGGUUCAGAGAAAAAAGAUCUGUUUUGGACCAGACGGUCCUGUCCUGUACCUGAAUGCCUUGACAACAACCGCAGUUUGAUUCCUGAUGUCUCGAGCCUCCUGAUGUCUCGAGCCAGGACAGUUGAUGAAUACAUCAACUGUCCUGACAUGGAAGAAGGUGGAGACAGCGUAAUGAGCUGUGUGGUGUGCAUGGAAGAACAGGCCAAAAUCACUCUACCUUGUGGCCACCAGUGUUUAUGUAACCAGUGCACCUCCAGGAUCAUUCAGCAGUUUGGCACCUGCCCGCUGUGCCGACACGCAAUCAGAGCUCCAUCAGUGGAGGGGAUAAGGACUGUCUCUGGGCAGCUCUAAGCUCACACAUACCUGGCAGGAAUCACCAAAUACAAGCUGCUGAGUGACUGUGACCAAAAAAUAAUCAAAUGUUGUAAAUGUUGUACAGUGUGUGUAAGAUAAGAUUCAUACUGAGUUGCUGAUGUCAGGAUAUAAAGUUGAAUAUUUGAUGUAAGAUUAACUGUGAAACCUUACCGCUUGUAAACUGCACUUUUGUUGUGAUUGUUAAAUGAGGAAAAGGGAAGGCACAAAACAUUUUUGAUAAAGACAAUCGAUAACACAUUUCUAUUGCACUUACAGGACAAAGUGUAUAAUAAUUUAUAUUUGCUGCAAUAAUGUUUUGGCUCUUUGAUGUAUUAAAUCUUAAAUGUAUUUAUGUAAAAUUAUUUUUGUUCUCAGGAAAUUAUUUAUUUUUGUUUGU